AACUUUCUAUUGCUAUUCCUACAGUUCAAGAACAACAAGAUUAUGUUGAAUGGAAAGACAAAAAACUUAAAAUACAACAAAAAAAUUUGGAAUUAUUAAAAGAAAAAAUUAAGCUUUGUGAGAAAUUACAAA